AUGAAUAAUCAUGACAUGAUUUGGAAAGUGCAAACCUACAUCAACAUCACUCACUUUUGAGUUAUGGCGAUAAAUGCAGUUGCUUGCACUUACUAUCUCUGCCGAAAUCCUUCAAGAUAUUUCAACUUACGGAAGCCUACUCACGUGCAAGAUCCAGUCCCAUGAUUUCUUUUUCUUGGAAUAGCUGUGCUCCCUCUCUAUUACGCAUGUGAAACAAUUACUACAAGCUUCCUUUGUGCUUUUGUUAUGAGAAGUGCAUGCAUGUACACAAACCAUCAUGUUUUGACUGUUAAUUUAUUUCUAGUCUUAUUCCACUAUAAAUUUUAUAAUGGGCCCUUAUUGCUGACUAUAGGAACACAUGGACUUAUGAAUGUAGGAUACUACUAUAACAAAUUUUUACAAAUUUUUAUGUGUAAAUGAUAUAUGAUUACUUCAUUAUUAGAUUUAAUUUAUUUAUCUUUUACAAUUUAUCUGUUCUGGAGCAACAAAAAAAUAAGAUGAAUGGGUGCUCAAAUUCUUACCUUUUUGAUGCUAAUUAUUUUAAAUAAUACGUUAACUCCAGAAUUGGUAGCUCUCUGCAAAAAAAAUGAAGAUGAAGAAGAUAUUGAGUCAAACACAGACUGACUUGAAUAUUCAUUAAACAUAUCACUAGCAGCUUUAAUAGUUUUUCUCAGCUGAAGGUUCACUAAAAAAGAGGAAAAUAGUAAUGAUUAA